AUGAUUCGAGGACAUUCCCGUCUUCUGCCUCUGGCCAUCCUCCUUCUACUCCCAUGGCAGGCCGUCUCCAGCGACACGGUCACGCCGGCGACGCCGCUCGCCGGGAACCGUACACUAGUGUCGUCCGGCGGGACGUUUGCGCUCGGGUUCUUCACCCCGGACCCUGGCACGGGCAGGACGUACCUCGGCAUCUGGUACAACAACAUCCCGGCGCGGACCGUCGUGUGGGUGGCGAACCGUGGUGCACCGGUCGUCGGCUCGGCGGCGACGCUCAAGAUCGACGGCAACGGGAGUCUCGCCGUCGUGAACGAGCAAGGCAGCGUCGCGUGGGCGUCGCCGGUGACGACGGACGUCGUCGCGCGCAGCCCCACGGCCCAGCUCCUCGACAGCGGCAACCUCGUGCUACGUUUCGCCGGCGGCGGCGGCGGCGUGGCGUGGCAGAGCUUCGACUACCCGACCGACACGCUGCUCCCGGGGAUGAAGCUGGGCGUCGACCUCCGCACGGGCCUCGACCGGUACAUGAGCUCGUGGCGCGGCGCCGACGACCCGUCCCGCGGGGAGUUCUCGUUCCGGCUCGACCCGCGCGGCUCGCCCGAGCUGUUCCUCUACCGGUGGUCGGGCCGGACGUACGGCAGCGGGCCGUGGAACGGGUACCAGUUCUCCGGCGUGCCCAACCUCAGGUCCAACGGCCUCCUCACCUUCCGCUUCGCGUCCACGCCGGAGGAGGCCUACUACCGGUACGAGGUCGACGGCGGCAGCGACGUCCUCACGCGGUUCGUGCUCAACUGCUCCGGCCAGAUCCAGCGGCUCGUGUGGAUCGACAUGACGCGCUCCUGGAGCGUCUUCUGGUCCUACCCCAUGGACGAGUGCGACGGCUACCGCGCAUGCGGGCCGUACGGCGUCUGCAGCGUCGCGCGCUCUCCCAUGUGCGACUGCGCGGCGGGGUUCCAGCCGAGGUUCCCCAAGGAGUGGGAGCUUCGGGACGGCUCCGGCGGCUGCGCGAGGCGCACGGAGAUCAACUGCACCGGCGGCGACGGGUUCGACACGCUGAGGAACAUGAAGCUGCCGGAGUCGGCCAACGCCACGGUCGACGGGACACUGACCCUCGAGGAGUGCCGGGUGAGCUGCCUGAAAAACUGCGCGUGCCGUGCUUACGCCAGUGCCAAUGUCAGCAGCCCGGCCGGCAAGGGGUGCUUCAUGUGGACCGGCGACCUGCUUGACAUGCGGCAGUUCGAAAAUGGAGGCCAGGAUCUCUUCGUCCGGCUCGCUGCAUCAGACCUGCCCGCCAACAUUGCUGUCUCCAAGCAAUCGCAGGCUAGGAAGCUCGUCGAAAUCAUUGUUCCAUCCAUUGUCGCGCUACUGUUACUUCUAGCCGGACUAUUCUUCUGCACCAUGAAAGCGAAGAAGUGCAGGACGGUGACUCAGACAGCACUGCACAACGGCCCGGAUACUCCGUUCGGACGAAGAAACCAGAUAGCUGCUGCAUCAACCGAUGAUACUCAGGACAGCUCCCUGCAUCCCCCUGGUCAGGGCAAUCACCAGGAUUUAGAUCUCCCAUCGUUUGAUGUAGCCACGAUCCUAGCUGCUACCGACAGUUUCUCCAUCGUUAACAAGAUUGGUCAAGGAGGUUUUGGUCCUGUCUACAUGGGGAAGCUUGACGGGGGAAAAGACAUAGCGGUGAAGAGGCUGUCGCGUAGAUCGAUGCAAGGGCUUCGAGAAUUCAAGAAUGAAGUCAAGUUGAUCGCGAGACUUCAGCACAGGAAUCUCGUCAGGCUUCUUGGUUGCUGCAUCGAUGGUUCAGAGAGGAUGCUAGUGUAUGAGUACAUGCACAACAGUAGCCUCAACACCUUCCUUUUCAAUGAAGAAAAGCGAUCGCUGUUAAACUGGGAAAAGCGGUUCAGCAUCGUCAACGGGAUAGCAAGAGGGAUACUGUAUCUCCAUCAGGAUUCGGUCCUAAGGAUCAUCCACAGGGAUCUUAAGGCGAGCAACAUCCUGCUCGACAAAGACAUGAAUCCCAAGAUCUCAGACUUCGGUGUUGCGCGGAUAUUCGGAGCUGACCAGACGGCUGCGCACACCAAGAAAAUAGCAUGGAGGAUGUGGAAGGAAGGCCGGACCCUAGAAUUCCUCGAUCAGUCGAUCACUGAGACGUCGAACGUGAGGGAAGUGGUGAGAUGCAUACAGAUCGGCCUGCUUUGCGUCCAGGAGCAGCCGAGGCACAGACCAACCAUGUCGGCGGUGACCAUGAUGCUGGGCAGCGAGAAUGUGGCGCUACCGGAACCAUGUGAGCCGGCGUUCAGCACGGGCAGGAACAACAGCAGCAAGGACAAGGAGGCGAGCCGGUCUAACAGCGCAAGCAGUUGGACCAUAACUGUGGUAGAGGGUAGAUAGUGAUUGCAACUUGCAAGGUGAAUAUUUUUUGGUUGGGGAAUUAGAGCUUAGGGAAUAGAAAUCGAAGAGGCACGAAUCCUUAAAUCUGAGGAUGGUUGAAAGACAUGAGCAUUUUGGAGAGACAGGGUGUGGUCUAGCUCCCACCAUUCAUUGACAAUGGAGAGUGGAAAUUGGAAGGGAACUGAUUUACA